AUGAACGUUGCGCUGCAGGAGCUGGGCGGUGGCGGCAACGUGAGUGGGAGCCCCGGGCUCCGGGGAGAGGCCUGGGUGGAGGGGAUGGUGGAGUACAAACGGACCACGCUGCGGGAGGAAGACGCACCUGAGACCCCCGUAGAGGGCGGGGCCUCCCCGGACGCUGUGGAGGUGGGCAAGGGGGUUCUCCCUUUCUCGCCAGGCCCCAGCCCUGACAGGACGUCUGGCAGACCCAGGAGCUCUGGGCUGCCCUGGAGGGUCACCUGCCCCCACCUCCCCUCCAUCUCUGGCCUCUGCGCUAGGGCUGUGGUGGGAUUCCAGAAGAGGACAAGAGACCUCUUGGGCUCUCACACGCAACUGGAGCUGGUCUUAGCAGCUGUCUCUCUACUGCUGGGUGCACUGCUUCUGGGCUGCUUCGUGGCCCUGGGGGUCCAGUACCACAGAGACCCAUCCCACAGCACCUGCCUCACAGAGGCUUGCAUUCGAGUGGCUGGAAAAAUCCUGGAGUCUCUGGACCGUAGUGUGAGUCCCUGUGAGGACUUUUACCAGUUUUCCUGUGGAGGCUGGAUUCAGAGAAAUCCCCUGCCCGAUGGGCGUUCUCGCUGGAACACCUUCAACAGCCUCUGGGACCAGAACCAGGCCAUACUGAAACACCUGCUUGAAAACACCACCUUCAAUUCAAGCAGCGAAGCGGAGCGGAAGACACAGCGCUUCUACCUAUCCUGUCUGCAGGUGGAGCGCAUUGAGGAGCUGGGAGCCCAGCCGCUGCGAGACCUCAUUGACAAGAUUGGUGGUUGGAACAUCACGGGGUCCUGGGACCAGGAUAACUUCAUGGAAGUGCUGAAGGCAGUAGCAGGGACCUACAGAGCCACCCCCUUCUUCACUGUCUAUGUCAGUGCCGACUCCAAGAGUUCUAACAGCAAUGUUAUCCAGGUGGACCAAUCUGGGCUCUUUCUCCCCUCUCGAGAUUACUACCUAAACAGGACCGCCAAUGAGAAAGUGCUUACUGCCUACCUGGACUACAUGGAGGAGCUGGGGAUGCUGCUGGGUGGACGGCCAGCCUCUACACGGGAGCAGAUGCGACAGGUGCUGGAGCUGGAGAUUCAACUGGCCAACAUCACAGUACCCCAGGACCAGCGGCGGGAUGAGGAGAAGAUCUAUCAUAAGAUGAGCAUUGCGGAGCUGCAGGCCCUGGCACCCUCCAUGGACUGGCUGGAGUUUCUAUCUUUCUUGCUGUCACCGCUGGAGCUGGGUGACUCUGAGCCCGUGGUGGUGUAUGGGAAGGAUUAUUUGCAGCAGGUGUCAGAGCUCAUCAACCACACAGAGCCAAGUGUCCUGAACAAUUACCUGAUUUGGAACCUGGUGCAGAAGACAACCUCGAGCCUGGACCACCGCUUUGAGUCUGCACAAGAGAAGCUGCUGGAGACCCUCUAUGGCACCAAGAAGUCCUGCACGCCAAGGUGGCAGACCUGUAUCUCCAACACGGAUGACGCACUUGGCUUCGCUUUGGGCUCCCUCUUUGUGAAGGCCACGUUUGACCGGCAAAGCAAGGAAAUUGCUGAGGGGAUGAUCAGCGAGAUCCGGAGUGCCUUCGAGGAGGCCCUGGGGCAGCUGGUUUGGAUGGAUGAGAAAACCCGCCGGGCAGCCAAGGAGAAAGUGAGCCGUAGCAAGGGUUGGGGCGCCAUCUUCAGGUGGGGAUGGAGGACACAGUUUUUUGGAGGGAGACUGGGGAGGGAAACCCUAACCUACUCUCUUCAGGCAGAUGCCAUCUAUGAUAUGAUUGGUUUCCCGGACUUCAUCCUGGAGCCCAAAGAGCUGGAUGAUGUUUAUGACGGGUAUGAAGUCUCUGAAGAUUCCUUUUUCCAGAACAUGUUGAAUUUGUACAAUUUCUCUGCUAAGGUGAUGGCUGACCAGCUCCGCAAGCCUCCCAGCCGGGACCAGUGGAGCAUGACGCCCCAGACGGUGAAUGCCUACUACCUUCCAACCAAGAAUGAGAUCGUCUUCCCUGCUGGCAUCCUGCAGGCCCCCUUCUACACCCGGAACCACCCCAAGGCCCUGAACUUUGGUGGCAUCGGCGUGGUGAUGGGCCAUGAGUUGACACAUGCCUUUGAUGACCAAGGGCGCGAAUAUGACAAGGAAGGGAACCUGCGUCCCUGGUGGCAGAAUGAGUCACUGGCAGCCUUCCGGAAUCACACGGCCUGCAUGGAGGAGCAGUACAGCCAGUACCAGGUCAAUGGGGAGAGGCUCAACGGCCGCCAGACGCUGGGGGAGAACAUCGCUGACAACGGGGGACUUAAGGCUGCCUAUAACGCUUACAAAGCGUGGCUGAGAAAUCACGGGGAGGAGCAGCAGUUGCCAGCUGUGGGGCUCACCAAUCACCAGCUCUUCUUUGUGGGAUUUGCCCAGGUGUGGUGCUCAGUCCGCACACCCGAGAGCUCUCACGAGGGGCUGGUGACCGACCCCCACAGCCCUGCCCGCUUCCGCGUGCUGGGUACUCUCUCCAACUCCCGUGACUUCCUGUGGCACUUCGGCUGCCCUGUCGGCUCUCCCAUGAACCCAGGGCAGCUGUGUGAGGUGUGGUAGACGUGGGAUUGGGGAGAAUUGGCUGGCUGUUGCCAGGGCCUGGGGCAGCUCGCCGGGCAAGGAUGUUCGCUCCAGGUUUAGAGAGGUCAAAUGCCAGCUCCUCACCACAGGUGACGUGAGUCCCGGUCCUCCCUCAAACACCACAUUGUGCCUCUGCUUUGGGGGUACCCCUGCCUCCAGCGGAGCCCCCACCAUUCACUGUGACAUCCUUCCAUGUCACCCUGCCUGGAAGAGGCCUGGGUGGGGGGCACCAGUUCCCGCAGGAAGGAGUCUGCCUCUUCUGGUCUUAAGAUCACUUGACUUGGUGGCCUUGGGACCUGCUGUGCCUGCUGUACUCUGACCACACAGGGUCUGGGGUGGUGUGCCUCCCAUGCUUCUCCCAGAGGCUCACUCAGUGUCCACUUGGGAGUGGAUUCAGCUCCUUUCAGCUCCCCCUCAGGGGCUGUCCCCCACCCCAUGUUCCUCAUGCUGCUGCUCCCAAUACUCCUGCCAACCCUCAUUGACAGACCAACUGUACUCAGCUCUUAGUGGAAGCCUGAGGGCCUUUACAAGCCCUCCUGCUGCAUCCUGGUUUCCCUGGGCUCAGGAGAAGUAUGUGUGGUGUGUAUGUAUAGGGGAUGCUGGUUCCUGUGUCUUGGGGCACAAGUCUUAGGGGAUGACUAUCUUCCCUGGCCUAAGAAGAAAAGCAGAUAGAACAGGGAGAGAGAAAGAUAGAGUUUAUUUUUACAGGGGAGAGGGUGGGGAGGGAGGGGUCUUGGCCCUGUAGGACCCUGUGCAAAUAAAUAGACAGACAUCAGUCAGCCUGUCUCUUCCUUCAGUCCUGUUUUCAUUUAUUCAUUUACUCAUUCCACCAACAUUUAUCAAGCACCUUCUAUAUCCCA